AUGGGCUCCACCACUUCAAAGAACUAUAAAGACGACGCCUCUGUGGAGAUUGUCGACGAAAAGGCUGCCUACAAGGCUCCAUCGGUCCGGGCUGACAGUGCCGCCGAGUACUUACAGACCUUGUCUUUGGACGUCUGUGACUACCUGAAUGAUCUCAACUCCUCCACUAUCAAGCGCUGGGACGCUGAUUUGCAACAGGACCCUAAGAACAGAAUCGUCCAGAACGCGUUCUCUCAGCACACGCUCGCAGAGAUCACCAAGAAGAGAAACGUUGACUUGACCUUGAACGACCGUCACCUCUUCAACGUGGAGGUCGACCCAAUUGGACUGCCUUCAUUUUUAGACAACCAGAAGUCCUCGGGUAGAUGCUGGAUUUUUGCUACUUCCAACGUGCUCAGGUCCAAUAUCAUCAAGAGACAGAACUUGGACCCCAACGCGUUCCAGAUCUCUCAGGCCUACCUCUACUUCUACGACAAGUUGGAGAAGGCCAACUACUUUUUAGAGAACAUUAUUGACACUGCCGACGAGCCACUCGACUCGCGUUUGACCCAAUGGCUUAUUGCUGGCUCUGUCAAUGACGGUGGCCAGUGGGACAUGAUUUCCAACAUUAUCGACAAGUACGGAAUUGUGCCAAAUGAGGUGUUCCCCGACAAUGCCAACGCUGCUGCUUCCAGCAGCUUGAACGCUAUCUUGACCGACAAAUUGAGAGAAUACGCGUUGGUAUUGAGAAAGUUGGUUGCAAGAAACACCCCCAAGAGAGCCGUGUUGGCUGCCAAGAACGGCUUCAACAAGCAGAUCUACAACAUCAUUGCCCUUUUCUUGGGCUCUCCAGUGGGUCCAGAUGAUGAGUUCACCUGGGAGUACAAGGACAAGAACGGUAAGUUCUUCAGCGUUAAGACCACCGCCAAGGAGUUCUACAAGAAGUACGCCGCUUACAAUGUCACCCAGCGCUUCUCGUUGCUUAACGAUCCUCGUAACGAAUACAACAAGUUGUACACCGUCGACCGUUUGAACAACGUGUACAACGGCAGACCAAUUGAGUACGUGAAUGUGGAGUUGUCUGCCAUGAAGAAGGCCGUUAUCGGUAUGUUGAAGAACAACGAGCCUGUCUUCUUUGGCUGUGACGUUGGCAAGUUCUUUGACGGUGCACUGGGAAUCAUGGACACCAAUUUGUUCGACUACGAGUUGGUUCUUGGUGCCGCUCCUAGAUUGAGUAAGGAAGAGAGAUUGAGAACUGGCUCGUCGCAGAUGACCCACGCCAUGGUGAUCGCCGGUGUGCAUUUGGACACUAACGGCAAACCUGUUAGAUGGAAGGUUGAGAACUCCUGGGGCGAUGCUGGCGGAGAAAAGGGCUGGUACUUGAUGUCGGACGACUGGUUCGACGAGUAUGUGUUCCAGGUGGUGACAUCCAAGGCGUACGUUGAGCGUUCGCACUACGAGCUCUGGAAGAGCAAGGAUUACAACUUGUUGCCAUUCUACGACCCUAUGGGCGCAUUGGCUUAG